AUGAAGACACCUAUUUACUUCCUCGGCCAUGGCGGGCCAAAUAUCAUGUACGAUCUUGACCACCCGGCUUACCGCAAGCUUGGUGAGAUUGGGCGCGAAAUAACCACGAAGGUCAAGCCGAAGGCUGUCGUGGUGUUUUCGGCGCACUGGCAGGGCGGUCGAAAUACGAUCGAAGUAAAUACCGCCGAGAAGACUGAUUUGAUCUAUGAUUUCGGUGGCUUCCCAAGCCAUUACUACAAAGAGAAGUACCCGCAUGUGGGUAGCAAGGAGGUCGCAGAAGAAGUGUUGAGAUUGUUGAAAGAAGCCAAAAUCCCGGCCGAAGGCGUGAAGCGUGGACUCGACCACGGCGUCUGGGCUAGCUUCAAGUGCGGUAUGCUACAGUUUGCAUUCGAGCGAGGAUUCAAUGCUGACAUGGAAACUGCAGCCUUCGAGCCAGACACAAAUCCACUGAACGUUCCCAUUGUGCAAGUCUCGCUCUUCCGCACCGAAGAUCCAGACCAGCACUACCGGCUCGGACAGGCAGUCGCAAGUCUUCGCGAGCAGAAUAUACUGAUCAUCGUGUCUGGGAUGGCUGUGCACAACCUGCGUGAUAUGCGGUUUACUUUUGGCAGCUCGACUCCAAUGCCGUAUGCGGUUAGCUUUGACAAGGCGCUCAAGGAUGCAGUAACGACUGCGCCGGCCGAACGGCAAAAGGCCAUGGCUGAGCUUCUGAAGAGACCAGAUGCACGACAGGCUCAUCCUUCCUUCGAGCAUUUGCUGCCUAUUCACAUUGGAGCUGGUGCUGCGGGCGAGGAUCUGGGCAAGAGGAUCUGGACGUUCCCCGAGGGGAGUAUGAGCUGGGCACAGUACCGAUUUGGCGAAGUUGGCAAUGCUAGUAGCACAUUAUGA